AAUGUGACGCACUGUGACUACGGGAACUGGUACAGUGGUAGAAGAAACAAGUUCUAGCCAUAGACAGUAUAUAUGGUUCUAGCCCGUGUUUGGCACGUGAUUUGCGACGAGGGAUCGAUAGUUCUGCUUUGUAUUUCGGUGGACUAGAGCGUCAACAAUACAAAGAACUACACUUCCCAGCAUGCUCAUGAGCCAAAAAUAUGGUUGCACACAACAUCAGCUGCAGAGGACUGUGUAUUUUAAUACUCCACUUGCAAAGAUGCUGAGUUUCUUCGUGAUUAUUGUUCUUUGCAUAAGCCGUGUGUCUACUUUUGAUACUAAAGUCUCACAGAAUGCCCGCAGUCCCAGUGAGAGCUAUCUCAUUUCUAUAUGGCAAAACAGACUGUACUUGUAUUCAGCUGCUGCACUAGUCUUUGGCAUCUGGUUCUCACUGAAGUUGGUACUGAGAAAGAAAAGCUUCUCCAAAGACGUCGGCCCGUGGGUCUACAAAGCUGUGAAGAGCAAUGACAGCCCUGACAGAGACACCUCGGUUCAUGUGUCCGGAGUUAAAAUCUUCUACGGUUCACAAACUGGAACUGCAAAGGGUUUUGCAGAAGAGCUGUCAGAGGAGGUGAAGACUUUGGGUAUACCAGCAGAGGUGAUCGACAUCAAAGACUACGAUCCAGACGAUCAACUUGCUGAUGAGUGCACCAACAAGUCAGUCUGCGUAUUUCUUGUGGCCACCUACACUGACGGACAGCCCACAGAGAACGCUGAGUGGUUCUGCAAGUGGUUGGAGGAGGCAUCCACUGAUUUCAGAUACGGAAAGACUUACCUCAAAGGCCUCAGAUAUGCUGUGUUUGGUCUCGGCAACUCUGUCUAUGUUGGCCACUAUAAUACGGUGGGUAAAAACGUGGACAAGUGGCUUUGGAUGCUGAGUGGCAUGCGAAUCAUGACCAGGGGAGAGGGUGACUGUAAUGUGGUGAAGAGCCGUAAUGGCAGCAUUCAGGCAGACUUCGUGGCCUGGAAGGUCAGGUUCCUGAAGCGCCUACUGGCCCUAGCCAAGGGUGAGAAGAAGAGCUGCAGCGGGAACUGUAAGACUGGAGGCUCCUGUAAGAACAAGAGGAAAGACGGCCAGGAGAAGGGGGAGGAGGAGGAGGAGGAGGAGAAGGCAGCUCUGCAGAAUAACAGCUCGGAGGAGGAUCUUAUAGAGUCCAGCAGCGAUGAGGAGGACUCUGGCCUGCAAGAUGAGAAAAACUCUGGUUCAGUGGUUGACAUGGAGGAUCUGGGCAAGAUCAUGAACAGUGCCAAGAAAGCAAAGAGCAAGGAGGAGGGUCGAGGAGACGGCCAGAUGGUGAAGCUAUCCAAGUUGAACGGCGUGAAGAAGAUUGAAGAUGACGGGGAAAGAAGAGAGAUGAUCACCCCUGCCCUUAGAGGGGCACUGACAAAACAAGGGUACAAACUAAUUGGAAGUCACUCAGGAGUGAAGCUUUGUCGAUGGACCAAGUCCAUGUUGCGAGGGAGAGGAGGCUGUUACAAGCACACCUUCUAUGGUAUUGAGUCCCACCGGUGCAUGGAGACUACCCCCAGCCUCGCCUGUGCUAACAAGUGUGUCUUCUGCUGGAGACACCACACCAACCCUGUGGGCACAGAGUGGCGCUGGAAGAUGGACCCUGCCGAGAAGAUCCUGCAGGAUGCCUUGGAGAAGCACCAGAGCAUGAUUCGACAGUUCAGAGGUGUCCCCGGAGUGAAGCCAGAGCGGUACGAGGAGGGCUUGGCAGUCAAGCACUGUGCCCUCUCCCUGGUGGGCGAGCCAAUCAUGUACCCCGAAAUCAACACCUUCAUCCGCCUCCUCCACUCUCAUCGCAUCUCCAGCUUCCUGGUCACCAAUGCACAAUUCCCGAAGGAAAUCCGGAGCCUGGUGCCAGUUACCCAGUUGUACGUUAGUGUGGACGCCAGCACCAAAGACAGUCUGAAGAAGAUUGACCGACCACUUUUCAAGGACUUCUGGCCCCGCUUCCUGGACAGCCUCAGGGCCCUGGGAGAGAAGAGACAGAGGACGGUGUAUAGACUGACACUGGUAAAGGCCUGGAAUGUGGAGGAGAUGCAGUCCUACUCAGAGCUCAUUGCUUUGGGCCAGCCGGACUUCAUUGAGGUCAAGGGAGUGACGUACUGUGGGGAAAGCUCUGCAAGCAGUCUGACCAUGGCUAAUGUCCCCUGGCACCAGGAAGUGGUCGCCUUCGUCCAGCAGCUGGCUGACAUGUUGCCUCAGUAUGAGAUCGCCUGCGAACACGAGCACUCCAACUGUUUGCUCAUGGCACACACCAAGUCUUUCCCAUAUUUGCAGACAACAAGGGAAACAUGGUAUUGUAUCAACUGGGGAGCACUGUUGCAUGCUGGGAAAGUAGAGGUCACACUCGUUUGCUGGUUUGGGAAAACAACCGGGGUUAGCGAGGCAGAGUGAUGUUAGAGGCUUUUCCCUCCAAGAAACAUUCAAGCUGUUCUAUCUGUCUCUAUCUCUCUGGUGGUUAGUGUGCCUCUCACAAACUAACACACACUUUCUUUUCCGGCUCCUCGCCCACUGUCCAUUUAUUUCUCUCUUUUUUUUCUUUAGAAAGAUGGAUAGCGACUUGGGUGAAGGAGCAAGAAGCAUUGAUUGAUAAAUGGAGAAAUGUAAGAAGGAGAUGGAAUUGGUGAAUCUGCAACCAUUUAAAAAAGGCAAUAAGCUAACAGCAAGUGGCAGGUGUGAAGGGAGACACUCUAUAAUCACUGUCACAUCUUUAAAUUCACACUUUUCUUUUCUCUCAGUGGUUGCCCACUCAUUUCUCUCUCUAUAUCGGAGCAUAUGGCUUCCAUUUAAAUGGUUGUAUACAGUAAGUAUAAGUGUGUGUGUAUAAGUUUGCUGUUUCUUUAUUAGCUUUGAUUCUUUACAUAUGUAUAUGUGCAGGUCCUUUAAAUGUUUGCCAAAAUAAAUUCUCUAAAUUUCAUGCUGCAAAAUGAUCACAAGGUUUCGAAUACUGUUUUAGAGAUCUUAUUUUCCCAUCAUGCCACAACAUAUUAUUUGAUGAAAUUAGAUAGAGGGAAUUGUAUAUUUCCUAUAAGAAGACGGUGUGCACCAUGGUAACAGGUGGAUAUGUUUUAAAUAAUUCAUCAGUUAAGGAUUUUUUAAUUUUUUAUUAUUCUGUGCUGAAAUAACUUUUUGUUGUAACAACGGCCAAUUGGAGAAUAGGACCAGCAGUGCUAUCUUUCCAUCUGCUUCAGUUGGAUUGGUUUUGGUUUAAAAAAAAAAAGUUUUUAUUUUGGUUGUUAAAUUGAUCUUCUAAUACAUUUCUUUACCUUACCCCUAUUUUCACACGUCUGCGCUGCUUUCUGGGUGCACUGCAACCCCCGCGAGCAAUCGCGGCCAUUCAAGUCAAUGCUUGAUAUUCCACUGGCGAGUCCCAGAAGCGUGAGUGAAGCUGCUCUCCGCUCUACUAAAGAUACUCGCCAGGUCUAUUUUCACGCAAGCCGCGGGCCGUUUCGGACAGCCGGACAGGAAGUGAAACACCACGGACGACGAGAGAUUCAUCUUGGAGGUGGAAAAACAUAAUAGACAUCGUAGAGCUUUUUUAAAGCGGAUACACAAGAAAAGAGAAGGCACAGAGUUUAAUUGCAGGAGUGCUUGGAGUGGAAGGGAGAUACUAUCUUAAUAAACAAAUAAAUAAAAUGGUGAUUGUCCGCUUCUGAGACGCUCCCGGUGUGGUAUGGCGCGUGGCGGAGGACGGGAUAAAACCCGGAACGCAGCCGAGACACCGCAAAGACGAGCGAGGUGGAAACUCAGGGUUAGAGAAUUCGGUAACACUUUACUUGAAGGUAUCUACAUAAGAGUGACACAGUCAUGACACAUGAACCCUAACCCUAACCAGACACUUACUAAAAGAAGCAUUAUUUCAUAAACGUUUAUGACUUGUAUAUGUUUAUGACAAAUCCAUGACAGUAUCAUGUCACUCUUAUGUAGAUACCUUCAAGUAAAGUGUAACCGAGAAUUCUUAAUGAAUGGCUGUCAGAGGCCUGCAGGUUUCCAUAAACACUGCAUGGAUUACUGCCGCUCGCUCAUCUACCACCUUGUUUCUCUCUCCCUUCUUUCUCUCUCUGUGUGUGC